CAGGUUUACCUUCACCCGGUGCUGACGGAGACAGAAGACGACGUGAGAUGCUGGCGUUUCACUCCGAAUGGUGAAUUCUCACUUAAGACGGCGUACAAGAUGUUGGGAGAGGAGGAUAACCCGCACCUUCACAGACACCCUACCUGGAGAGCAACCUAGAAGAUCCCGGCAAUGCAUCGGAUGUGCUCCUUCAUGUGGCUGGUCAAUCACCGCAAGCUUCUAACCAACGCAGAGCGGAAGUGCAGACACCUAAUUGACGACGAUGGCUGCAAAAUAUGCGGCGGGGCCCCUGAAACUACACUUCACAUACUUCGCGAUUGCCCUUAUGCAAGAGCUACGUGGGUGGAAGCACUACAAAAUGAACCUGGUCAUGAUUUCUUCGAGCCCAACAUCGAGAGAUGGAUCCUGCACUACACGACGGGCCGUGGCCGCACCAUCAAUAGCACUCUCUUCACGACUAUGUGCUGGCUAUUGUGGAAAAACCGGAACAAUUACUGCUUCCAAGGUAAGCUGGACUCCUGUGCACAUAUUCAGACUAGCUGGGUACAACUUCGGCUUCAAAUCCUUAAAGCCUCGGAGAAGGAGCAACAGGUGUUCGGAGCCGGGGGACUCCACACACCUACGAUGAUCCAGUGGCAGCCACCUCAGCCCGGGUGGUCUUGCCUAAACACAUAUGGCUCCGUGACACUUUCUACAUCUAGCACGGCGGCCGGGGGAGUCGCCAGGAGGGACGAUGACCUUUUUGUCACUGCUUUCUCCAUGAACCUGGGAGGGGGUUCCAUCAAUAGUGACGAGCUAGCCGGUAUUGUGCAUGGGUUACAGAUUACUUGGGAGGAAGGAAUUCGGAAGGUUAUUCUGCAGACAAACUCCACCACGGCUUUGUCACUUAUCGAUUCUGCGACACCACACCAUUCACAAUAUUCCUAUGUGGCUGAGAUCCGACGGUGGCUCUAGUGAGAUUGGCAGGUCCAGCUUCAGCAUGUCUUUUGAGAGGCGAACGUGGUCGCUGACUACCUAGCAAACAGAGGCCAUUCCUUGCCGGUUGGCAUCCAUCGAGUUACAGCUCAUGAUAGCACUCUUGCUUAUUGGUUGUACCAUGAUACUAUUGGGGUUCAGACACCCCGUCUCAUUAUCGUAUAAAGGAUGUGGCGCCCUUUAAGCGCUCCGUCUUCUCACAAAAAAAACAAUAAUAUUCCAAAAGCAUAAAAUGAAGGAACAUGUUGUAA